AUGAGAAAAUGGAUGGUUAACGACCCGAAAGGAUUCUCAGGCCCGAUUGGAAAGCUUUUUCCAACAUGUCAGAACCUUCCAGUAGUAAACUUCGAAAAAAUUGAUGGCAAACUAUCGGAAUUCGACCUAAAUGACACCAGUACCGAUCAAGUUUACUUAUAUAAAAUGUGUUCUGCAAUCGCAAAGGGUGAUGUGCCCCCAAAUUUGUCAAAGCGUGAUCCGGGAAAAAUGGCACAUGCAAGAUGGCUGACAACGGUAAAUAGGAUCUUGAGACUUUAUGUAGCUUCUGAACAGCCUUCAAACGAAUUGAUAACAAUAACGGAAUUUAUAUUAAAAGUUUAUGCUCUUGUUUGGUUUGAUAUUGAAGUGAGAUCAUCGUGCACUGAAGGCUCCAGGCAUUUAUUCUCUCUGAUAAGAAGAUCGAGAUAUCUACCGGCUGCAGUUAAAGAUGUGAUUGAUCCUGUCAUACAGAGGAAUGCAUUUUUUGAUCAUCCAGAAAAUAUUUUAUUGUCAAUGCUUACAGAUGACCGAAAGCCUAUGAGAGAACUUGCGCUGAGGAGAAUUCUGAAAUGCAGGGUAAAUGGUCUUUAUAACAGAAACAUUAGACAAUUUAAAGUCACCAAACUAAAUUUUGAUACUCAAGACUACACGGAAUUGAUAAACUGGCAGUCAGUUAGCGUAAUUGAACCUCCACUUACAAUAAAAGUAUCAGAUGAUGUCUUGCAAAAAAUGAUUGUGAGAGUUCCUGACAACAUUGAAAUUUCAAAACAUCCUUGUCAUACUCAAGCUGUUGAGAGAUGUAUCAGAACAGUCACUGAAGCCUCUGGUUUAGUAAGCGGAACAGAAUCCAGAGUUGGCUUGAUUCGAACUAGGAUUGCCUCCAAAAAAAUAAUUCCGUAA